AUGUGGCCGCUGCUGGUCCCCGUUUUGCUGCUGUUUAACGAAUCCAGUUGGCUGAAUCCCAUCCUGGCCAGCAUCUACAAGGAAAAGCACCAUGAAACAGUUCUGCUGCUCAGACAUAGCCAACAGAGCAAUGCAUUUGGCUUGGAGAGGCUCUCCUGGCCGGUUCUUAAUUUCAACGAGCAGAUGGACUUCUAUGUGAAAGGAAGCCACAACAACAAAAUGCUGGUACUGUUUUGGCAGACCGGAAAUUCGAACUUGGAUUCGGAUUUGUGGCAGGCACUUGACCGAAGUCUCUUGAAUAUGAGGACAGUCAGUGUGCUACUGUUAAGGAAAUGGGAAAAAGUUCCAACCAUCGACAUUGCCAACACAGCGGAACAUUGGCGCUUUCUUCAUGUGGCUGUGAUUGCACACGGAAAUAGGAUAUUUCGACUGCAGCCCUAUGCUCCGCAACGAUGGCUGGAAAUAGACCCAGAAAAAUCACGCAUCUUUGUUAAAGUUCGGAAUUACUAUGGCAAAGAUAUACUGACUCUACCGGAUCAAUUUCCACCACGUUCGAUUGUCUAUCGAAACGCGAAAACAGGAGGUCUGGAAAUGACGGGCUACGUUUACAAGUUUCUACUGGAGUUUUCCCGAAUAUACAACUUCACCUUUCGGUGGCAAAGACCCAUUGUACCAGGUGAGCGGUUGAAUUUAAUUCUACUUCGAAACAUGACCCUCAAUGGCACCAUCAACAUGCCCAUCAGCCUUUGUGGCUUCGAGGCAUCCAGUAAGUUUGGAGUGUUCUCGAACGUGUACGUCAUGGAGAACUGGUACAUAAUGGUUCCGCGAGCCCAGCAAAUACCCACCGCCGAUGUAUAUGUGGUGGUGUGUGGGAAAAAUUUCCUGAUCGUCCUGUUGAUCUCCUACUAUAUAUUCACCAUUCUGGACACCUGCUUUGGACCACUAUUGCUCCAGAAACGUGUGGAUUGGUCGAACCUGGUGCUGAAUGAACGUAUGAUAUCAGGUAUUGUGGGUCAGUCCUUCAAGAUGAGUGCCCGGAAUACCAUCAGUUCGCGGUUAACCAAUGCCACUUUAUUUUUACUUGGCUUGGUUCUGAGUACCCUUUUUGCUGCCCAUUUGAAGACGCUUCUGACCAAGCGACCCUCAUCUCGACAAAUUUCUAACUUUCAGCAGCUUCGUGAUUCCCAUGUGACUGUCCUUUUUGAAAAGGCUGAACAGUUUUACUUAGACGAAAACAUGUGGGAGCGACCGAUUCGAGCCAUUAAGGAUCGGUUGACUUUCAAGGACACCGUGGAGUAUAAUGCGCUCAGGAGUGGCCUCAAUAGAUCACAAGCUUUCUCUGUUCUCACGUCCGAUUGGCUAAUUGUGGCCAAAAGGCAGGAGCUCUUUAAGCAACCGGUAUAUACAAUCCAGCCGGAACUACAGAUCAUCGGCACAAGUGUCUUGCUUUCGCUGGUUAUGCAGUCCAACUCCAUCUACGAACAUCAUAUCAAUGAUCUUAUCGAACGGGCCCAGGGAGCCGGAAUCGUGGAAUAUUGGAAACAGCAAACGCUUCGGGAAAUGGUCACCCUAGGCAUGAUCUCUCAAAAGGAUCCAUAUACCCACAUGGCUUUCCGAGAUUUUAAGGUGGGCGACCUGUUCUGGGUCUGGAUUUGGUUGGACUGCUUUUUAAUUCUGGCAUUUUUUAUAUUUUUUAUUGAGCUUUUGGUUAAUUGUCUCAUUAGGAAAAGCCAAUAA